UACUUGGAUGGUGGAUGUGUAAAACAGUUCCGUACAUACAGGGUGUCUCAGUUGCUGCAUCUGUAUACAGCUUAAUUGCGGUAUCUCUAGACAGAUUCUUGGCAAUAUGGUGGCCUUUAAAAUGUCAGAUAACGAAGAGACGUGCUCGAAUAAUGAUCAUUCUUAUAUGGUUCAUCGCUUUAACUACUACGGUGCCGUGGGCGAUUUUUUUCGAUUUAGUUGUAAUAUUUAGUGAUGCUCCUGAAGUACAAAUUUGCAUCGAAGUAUGGCCUGAUUCUAUGAAUGGGGCCUUAUACUUUUUAAUAGCUAAUAUGGUAUUUUGCUACAUUCUACCCAUGAUAUUAAUAACUAUGUGUUAUGUUUUGAUAUGGAUUAAAGUAUGGAGAAGAAAUAUUCCCACUGAUACUAAAGACGCACAAAUGGAACGUAUGCAGCAAAAAUCCAAAGUGAAGGUGGUCAAAAUGCUAGUCGCGGUAGUAAUACUAUUCGUGCUCUCCUGGUUACCACUAUACGUAAUUUUUGCUCGCAUUAAACUGGGAGGUAAUAUUGAAUCUUGGGAGGAAGAUAUUCUCCCCAUCGCCACUCCGAUAGCGCAGUGGCUGGGAGCAUCGAAUUCCUGCAUAAAUCCCAUCUUAUACGCUUACUUCAAUAAGAAAUUCAGAAGAGGUUUUAUGGCCAUUAUUAAAAGCCGCCGCUGCUGCGGACGCCUACGCUAUUACGAAACUAUUGCAUUGAUGUCUUCAUCAACCAGUAUGCGCAAAUCGUCGCAUUUCUACAACAACAACUCGUCAUCGCGCCGAAUUCCACCAAUUCAAGACAACGCAGUGGCGUACAUAUAUAACAACACUGGAGUCUAAAUUUUGGCCUCCUGCCACCUUGUGGCUUGGUCUAAUUUUUCACGUACCUACCUUUCGAGAAAGGUUAUUAGAAUGUCAAGUUUUCACAGAAACGCGGGCAGAGCAGAACGUAAUAUUUUUAUGCAGGUUGGCUCAAGUAUUUUUGAGAAACGAUGUGUAAUUGUUAGAAUAUAUAGCAAUUAAGUUAAAAAUCUAUAACGACUUGGAGAUUUGGUAAAAUACAACUACACAGAUCUGCAGAAACUCAUCUUGAUAAGAACGAAAGGACUUUUUGUACAUAAUGCAGUUAAAAUAACGUUAUUUGUUAAGACACUAUUUAAUUUCGAUUACCAUUUUGAUUUUAAUAGUAUUUUGCAGGUAACAAAAUGCUUUAACACUAGAUUGUUGCAAAUCUAUUGCAAAUGACAUAUAGACAUCUUAUCAUUUUGCUUUUGAUUUUUGAAAAAUUCCCGUAAGGAAAGA